AUGAUUGCAAAGGUCGACGUCGACCUCAUCGUGCAAAAUGCCACCGUGGUCACUGCUUCAGACGUGCUCCCCAAGCAGGACAUUGCCGUCCGCGAUGGCAAGAUCCUGCUGCUUGGCCAGAACCUGACCUCUCUGUUCUCCGCCACCGAGAUCAUCGAUGCUCAGGGCGCCUUCGUGACCCCUGGAGGCGUCGACUCGCACGUGCAUCUUCAUCAGGACAACUCGCCCACCGGCGACAACUUCGAGACUGGAUCCCGUUCAGCCAUUGCCGGCGGCACCACGACCGUCCUGGCCUUUGCCUCCCAAAAUCGCAAGGACGAGUCCCUUUAUCCUGUCGUGGACGAGUACCACAACAGGGCACGCCAUCAGUCCUACUGCGACUAUGGCUUCCACCUCAUUCUCACCAAUCCGACCAAGAAGAUCGUGGACGACGAGUUGCCCGUCUUGGUCGCAGACGGCAUCAGUUCCGUCAAAAUCUACAUGACCUACGAGCCCCUGAAGCUCCGAGACCGCGAGAUCCUCGACAUCAUGAUGAGCACGCGGGCGCUGGGCAUGACCACCAUGGUGCACGCCGAGAACAGCGACAUGAUCUCCUGGAUCACCGACCGCCUGGCCGAGCAGCACCUCACCGCCCCCUACUACCACGCCAUCAGCCGGCCCUCCAUCGCCGAGGACGAGGCCACCUACCGCAUCAUCGCCUUGUCCGAGCUCAUCGACAUCCCCAUCCUGAUCGUGCACAUGUCCAGCCGCACCGCCGCCGCCCACGUCCGCCAGGCCCAGACCCGCCUGCUCCCCAUCCACGCCGAGACGUGCCCGCACUACCUCUAUCUCACGUCGGACGCGCUCAAGUCGCACGACGAGUCCGACCCCUUCGAGGGCGCCAAGCACAUCUGCAGCCCGCCCCUGCGCGCCGACCGCAUGGACCUGGACGCCAUGUGGGCCGGCCUGGUCAACGGCACCUUCACCACCUUCUCGUCCGACCACGCCCCCUCCAAGUACGACCACCCGUGCGGCAAGAAGCUCGGCCUCUCGCCCACGGACGGCUCCAUGCACUACGCCAAGGUGCCCAACGGCCUGCCGGGGCUCGAGACGCGCCUGCCCACCCUCUUCGAGGGCGGCGUGCUGACGGGCCGCGUCUCGCCGCAGAAGUUCGUCGAGCUGACGGCCGCCAACCCGGCCAAGCUGUACGGCCUCGGCGACCGCAAGGGCGCCAUCGCCCCCGGCUUCGACGCCGACCUCGUCGUGUGGUACCCCACCCCGGAGCAGAUCCCCAGCGGGUCCGCCAUGGGCGGUGCGGGCACAGCCGCUUCCGCGGACCCCUCGUCGUCGUCGUCGUCGUCGUCGUCGGUGUCGUGUGAGCCGUUCGCCCUGACGAACGCGAUGCUGCACCACGACAUCGACUACACGCCGUUCGAGGGCAUGCGCUUCUCCAACUGGCCCCGCUACACCAUCCUGCGCGGCAAGGUCGUCUGGGAUCGCGACGGCGGCGGCGUCGUCGGCGACAAGGGCUUCGGCGCGUUUUUGAAGCGCGGAAGGAGCACCUUGAGUAAGCCGCGGGACGCCUGGGUCAACGAGUUCAGGCCGGGUGGGAAGGUCAGGGUGGCUAUGGAGGGGGGUAGGACGGCGCCGGCGUUGGAUUAG